AUGGGCCGGAGGCGAGAGGGGCUGAGCGUGGCCCGGGAGAUUGAUGGACUGGAGGAGAAGCUGGCACGCUGCAGACAGAGCAUGGAAGAGGUGGAUCUCAAACUGCGCAGGGAGAAGCUCAGCCCUGAAGGAAGAAAGUCACUGGAGAGAGAGAGAAACUUGCUAAUGACCAAAGCUGACAACUAUGAGAAAGAACUCAGUGUGCUUCGCAAGGAAAAUCGCAAGAACGCUGCCCUUGCUGUGGCCAUGGGGUUGCUGAUUGCUCUUAUUUAUGCCUGCUGGACAAUGUGA